AUGGGCGCUGUUUCAGGAAUAGUCCGCAUGAAAGCUCAUCAGUUUGACGUUGCGGUGUUCAGCACAUUUUCGACAUUUCUUUCUUUUCAGCCUUUGGUCAUGCCGCAAGAUGACCCUGGACCAGUGGCCUUGCCAAAGACAUGGUAUGAACCAGAGGAAGACAGGCCCCAAACUUGGGCGGAGCCAAGUGCUGCCUUCCUGGGACGGCAGCAGGUCACGGCCGAAGAGAUCGCGCGCACGCGUGAGAGCUUCCGGGAGGUGUGCAUUCGGCAGCACGGCUCGGUGGUGAGGGCCUGGAAGGUUAUGGACCUGAACGGCGAUUUGAGGCUCACUUAUUUUGAGUUCAUGAGGGGUUGCAAACAGAUGGAUCUCAUGAACGCUCGGCGCAUUUGGUGUGCCUUGGGAAGAACUGGAUUUAUCAUGUUGCAAGAUAUUGAUGCCAAGCUGGGAGAACAACUUGGGUCAUUGGCCGGUUUGCUUUGGUGCACCUUUGGAAGCGUCGAGCAAGCCUGGAGGACAUGUUUCAACAAAACUUCCAAGCUCAGAAUUGGGCAUGAUGAAUUCAAGCAGGCCUGCCAUGAAGUGAAGUUUAAGGGUGACAGCUGGCUGUGCUUUACGGAGCUUUGCUCAGAGAAGGCCAGCAAUGGAAUGUCCAGGAAGGAGUUCGGAUUUUUGCACAGUUGGAUCCAACCUGGGAAACCCGACAGAGGAUUCAUCGACAACCCUCCAUCCCGCUGGGACUUGCCAUCACAGCCAUGGGCCCCUCCUCCCAGUGCGGUAAAGAAGGGCAGCCGCCGGAAGCGCUUCAAAGAUUGCCUUCUGAGAUCCUAUGGCAACAUAGUGAGGGCAUGGCGGGAGGGACUGGAUCGAGACCACAACGAUCGGAUGGACUACAGUGAGUUUAGUAUCGCUGUCAAGGAUGUGGGCUACCCAGGAAAUGCCAAAGAGCUUUGGCAGGAGUUGGAUCUGAACAAGAACGGGUAUGUGAGUCUAUGGGAACUUGACGAACCAACCGCCCUCUUGUUGAGAGAGUUUGUGGACACGGCACGUUCCAAUUUCGGUUCUUGGGCAGCCUUUUGGCAUUGCGCCCUGGACGUGCGAGGAGACGACCGGGUUUUGUAUCCCGAGUUCAGGGAUGGCUGUAUCAUGCUGGGCUGGAGGGAAUCCGAUCGUCUCUUCGAACUGUUGGACACGGACCGUGCCAGAUAUCUCAGCUGGUCUAGCUCCUCCUGGCUGGCGGGCGCCGAAUUGGAGGAAGGCGGCUGCCAAGCACCCAGCAGAUCCCGGGCCAUUGCUGAGGAUGGCGAGCCCACAGUGUUUACCAAGGCCACCAAGGCCCAGAGCCGGGCCAGGCAUCAGAAGCUCCGGGAGCAUCGGCAUCGGGUGAAGUGCGAGGGACGAGCACGUGGAGAGAUUCCAGGGAGCCAUCCUGCAGCGGGCACCACCAUCUACAGCCCAGGGGUUUCCUUGAAUUCGCAUAUCGCCGGCAGCAAAACCCCACCUAUCCUGGAAAUGCCAACGAAGACGGUAUUCCAGAGCACCUCUUUGGAGCUUGAAGAUGACUUGCCUGACUGGCUGCUGAUGGCAGAAGGGCGAAUGAGGAUGCCGGAGCCCAUGCCCAAGGCAGACUUGAGCUUCCCUUUGAAGCCCCAACAACCUGGAAAAGGAGGUUGGCCGUGCUCGAAGCUGUAUUUGACUGACGAGCUCUGGGGCGGAAGCAAAGACCUGGGCCGCUUGCUGCGGCCUCUGACGCGAAAGGCAUGCUCCCAGCAGAAUCUGGAAAGAUGGAAGAAGCUGGCAACAGAUGAAGGGCCAAAGGGUGACAGCAAAACGAUGUAG